GACCGGAGACAGCCUCGUGGACAGGUGUGGUCUGAUCUGGCCUUGAGAGAUGGGGCCCAGAAAACUGAGGAGGCGGUGGACGGGGAGCAAGAGAGUGGGUGGGUCGGGAAGAGGGUGUGUCCAUCUGUCCCAUGGGGGAGGGAUGGAGAAGAGGAAGAAGCUUAUGGGGGAGGGCCACAUGCAGGACUGAGGCCUUGGAGAACAUGGAGGAAUCUACAGGCAGCCCUGAGGGUGUGGGGAGCUCCAGAGGGCAUUUAAGCAGCCUCGUGCCCACGGGCUGCCUGGCAUCUGGGGGUCUCUUUGGAGCCAGGGCUCUUCCUGGCGAAGGCUGAGGCUCAUUGGAGUUGUUGGGCCCCUCCAUGACUGCGACAAACCAAACUCUCAUGGGGCCCUCGGAGCUCCCUACAGCAUCGGCCAUGACCCCUGGACCAGGCACUGGGGCGCGGGCAUGGCCUGUGCUGGUUGGGGUUGUGGUGGGGGCCGUGGUCCUCUCUCUCCUCAUUGCACUUGCUGCCAAAUGCCACUUCUGCCGCCAGUACCGCGCCAGCUACCAGCACCGCCCGCUGCCCAGGUCAGGGAGGGGGAGCUGCCCAGAGGUGGGCGAAGACGAGGAUGAUGAUGGCUUCAUCGAGGACAAUUACAUUCAGCCGGGGACUGGCGAGGUGGGGACGGGAGGUAGCAGGCACCAGUUUUCCCUCUGAGUCACCAGCUUUGGAUAUUGUCCCUCCAUGCCUUGACAGUAGUUCCUACAUGGGAGCCUCCAGCCUCAGGGACAGAGGUGGCCAGAGGGAGACAACUCCCUAGUCCCUGCCACUAGCCACCACAGUGACAAUGGCCCUCUCGUGCUCAAUAACCCUCCAUGGCUCCCUGCUGUUUUCAGGUUAAAGGCCUGAGUGUGGAAAUCAGGUUCUCCUGGUCUCUUGGCUUCCUCUCUUGCCUUCCCCUACUUUACUCCCGGCUUAACUAAGUAUUUCUUAUUCUCCACGCCCCACGCUGUCUCUCCAUGCACUUUUGCUCACGUUGGUCCCCGUGCCUAGCCUAUCUUUCUCCUAAAUCCUCGUGAUGGUGGUCUGAUCGGGACAGAUCAAACGGGGAUGAAAACCUGGUCCCUUGGCCCCAGGUGCCUUGCCGACCCGCGGGCAUGUCACAUGGGCCCAGGUGAUAACAUUUGGGAGACCAGCGCCCAGUUUCUCUCUGAAAUCUUUUCCUUUCGAUAAAUGUGGUAAUCUGGCUAUGAUGUGUUUUUCACAGGGAUGAAUGCGUCUGUUUUCACUUCGAAUAAAAGUAAAAAGUCGU